CUCACCGCUCCUCUACCUCAUACAGCAUGUCUGGCCGCGGCAAGACCGGCGGCAAGGCCCGCGCCAAGGCCAAGUCGCGCUCUUCGCGAGCAGGCCUCCAGUUUCCCGUGGGCCGCGUGCACCGGCUGCUGCGGAAGGGCCACUACGCCGAGAGGGUGGGCGCCGGCGCGCCGGUCUACCUGGCGGCGGUACUCGAGUAUCUCACCGCUGAGAUCCUGGAGCUGGCGGGCAACGCGGCUCGCGACAACAAGAAGACGCGGAUAAUCCCCCGCCACCUGCAGCUGGCCAUCCGCAACGACGAGGAGCUCAACAAGCUGCUGGGCGGCGUGACGAUCGCCCAGGGAGGCGUCCUGCCCAACAUCCAGGCCGUGCUGCUGCCUAAGAAGACCAGCGCCACCGUGGGGCCGAAGGCGCCAGCGGGCGGCAAGAAGGCCACCCAGGCCUCUCAGGAGUACUGAGGGCGCCCGUGCCGCCACCGCCCAGCCCUCCCCUCUACACCACAAAGGCCCUUUUAAGGGCCAUCACAGCACUCACAGAAAGAGCUGGGCCACUUCGGGCUCCCGGCCGGGCGGCCGCGCUCUCGCCCCUUCCCGGCCCGCCCCUCCCCCCCGCGGCUGGCUCCCGCCGAAGCCCGGCGGAGGGCGCGCGUUCGAACGCCGCUCGGCCCCGGGAGCGAGCUCGUGAGUCGGUGCGGACGGUCGCCGGCGAGGCCGUGCGCUCUGCUUCAGCUCGGUGCUUAGGACAGGACUCGAUUGUCGCCGCCGGCGGAGUCAAUCGGUUGCUUCAUUUCGUCCCGGGACCCCUUUUGUUGCCGGAUCUCGGGCCUCGCACGGCCGCGUUCCCUCCAUCUUCAUUCGCAGGCCUGUGCGCGUCCUGGAAGAAACCCUUCGCGGCGUGACCGUCUCCAACACUAGCGGGUCCUGGCGGCGUGGGGUCUGCGGGAGCCCUGCCCCCGGGCCCGCCCCUCCUCCCCGCUCCCUUCCCGUCGGGUCCAUUCCGCCUGCCAAGCACCUAGAUACCAGCACAAGUCCGUUAAUCCCCGUCUGGACUGAGCCGCCUUUGGCUUCGGAACUGGAAUUUUGCAGCUAACCCAUCCAAAACUAGUACUUUAGGUAU